AUGUCUUCGCCUGCCAAUCAUGAGAUGGCAGUCUUGAGAGUACGCAUCCUUGCCAGACUCUCACCAGCCGCCAGGGCUCUGGUUGAUCCUCUCCGCAGCGAAUUCGACGACCAUAUUGCUCGUGGAAUGUUAGCCGGCAGGCUUUGCGCCCACUGGGCCGCAGAGAGCGCUGCACGUAAUCCAGAGCGUGCAGUCGUACUGUACAAGGCGCACCUCCGCAACAGCCUGCAUCAUGAGAGAAUGCGUCUUGUGGUUGGCCCCGUCGCUCGCCCUUAG